GGCAAGAAACAUUGCCUUUGAUAGGAACGACAUGUGAAUGUUUACGGUAGCGUUUGGUAAGUUAAGGAUUACAACCGGUAGCGCGGGGCUAUCACGACAGUUUGGAACCCAUUUACGGCUCAUUAUCCUAGCGCUCAAUACAAAGCAUGGAGUCAGAAAAUACCUGCGAACAAUCUUUCAAAGACGAUCCUGAAAAUGAUGGAACGGGCGGUUUGGCCGAGGAAGGAUGUAAAGAGGUGGGACAGGAGGUUUCCGCUACCGAGCAAGAAGGUUCUGGUGCUGAGCAGGCAUGUCAAGAGGCAGGGCAAGCAGGUUCUGCAGAAAACACCGAAGCUGAUGCUGAGACGGCUAAUGCUGAUUCAGUAGACAGCCAAGAGAAAUCUGCAGCAAAUGACCUCAGUAAAGAAAAGACAGACGACUCAAAGGUGACCAAAACUGUUGCUCAACAUUACAAUGAACUGAGGGAAUCCGGCUUGGAAGCUCGUGGCAACAGUCGUAUAUUUUAUCUCAGGAAUUUCAACAACUGGAUUAAAAGUGUUUUAAUUGAUAUAGCAUCGACAUCGGUCGAACAGAGUGAAGCAAGAUUCAAAGAUAUAGUUGAACGGAACCAGAACAGUAAAAGAAGAGAACAAAUUUUUGAUGCCGAAUUUAUAACUGCUGAUGUUAGCAAGCAAAGACUGAAAGACAUGUAUAAAGACUCAUCAAUCAGCUUUGACCUUGUUAGUUGUCAGUUUGCACUGCACUAUUCCUUCGAAAGCUACUCUCAGGCAGAUAUGAUGUUGAAGAAUGUUGCUGAAUGUUUGCAAGAUGGUGGUUACUUCAUUGGAACAACUCCUAACUCUUAUGAACUUGUAAAUCGCUUAAGAAAAAGUGAAACCAAUUCUUUUGGAAAUGAUGUUUAUAAAGUGGAAUUUUUGAGUGAAGACAAGAAUAAUCUGCCAUUAUUUGGGUCUCAGUAUUCCUUUCAACUGGAGGGUGUAGUCGACUGCCCUGAGUUUUUGGUGUAUUUUCCUGCAUUGGUGGAGUUAGCUGAAAAGUAUAACAUGAAAUUGGUAGAGAAGCAGUCGUUUUCAGAUUACUUCGAAAAGCAUCAUAAGACAAGUGAAAACCGUAUCCUCCUUGGACGUAUGCAAGCUUUAGAGCCAUAUCCUGCUGAAAAUUACGGCAAAUUAAUUAGUUCCAAUGAAGAAGAUUAUGCCUUUGCCAAAGAAGAGUUGAAUAAGGCCUUACCUAACCAGCAACAAUCGAACAGGCGUCCUGUCAAAGUUGGUACUUUGUCAGAAGCUGAAUGGAAAGCUAUCAGUCUCUAUAUGGUGUUUGUCUUCCAAAAAGUGAAGAACCUAAAGGAUGAACCUAAGGCAGAGGAGGAUGAGGAGGUGGAAUCUGCUGAACAACAUGUAGAGCCCCUAGGUGAAAAACGGAGUUUGUCUGACCCUGAGGAUGAUGAAGAUGGGAACAAAGCAUCUGAUGCCAAAAUUAUAAGUACAGUGGAUGAUGAUGACGAAUAAAGGGUUGUCGACCCAUUAACUUUUGCUGUCAUCGUUCAGCCAGUACAAUUGGUAGGGCUUUCCGGCCUCCGCUUGUACUCCACUUUAAAAAUUCUUAACUAUUACCACAGGAGCAGCCACUGAGGCUAAUAACCAUUUUAUAUAUAUAUAUAUGUAUACACACAUAUAUAUAUAUGUAUACAUACAUACACAUGAUAUAUAAAUGUAUACAUACACACAUAUGUAUAUAUGCAUACACAUAUAUAUAAUAUAUGUAUAUAUGCAUACACAUAUAUAUAAUAUAUGUAUACAUGCAUACACACAUAUAUAAUAUAUAUAUAUACAUAUACAUUAUAGUAUACACACAUAUAUAGUAUAUAUAUAUAUAUAUAGUAUAUACACAUAUAUAUAGUAUAUACAUUAUAUAUAUAUAUAUAUAGUAUAUAUACAUACUAUAUAUAUAUAUAUAAUAUUAUACACACACACACACAUCCACACACAUACAUAUACUUCCACACACAUACAUAGGAAGGUGGCUGCUUUUUUUUUUACCUUCUCUUUCAAUCAUUAGUUCUUAACAUCCUGUUUAUUUUUUAUAUUUUUCAUUUUUUUUUCUUCUUCUUCCUUCCAACAUAGAUAUAUUUGUGUAUGCGUGCCGUGUCUGUAUGUGCGUGUGUGAGUGAGAGAGAAAGGGAGACUGAAUGGAGUCGGUUGGUUAAGAGAGAUGGUUUACAUCACUCAUUUUUAUUCUCUUCAUAUUCUGGCUGAAAAGAAUUAAAAAUAAAAAUGGAAAAAUAAAAAUGAA